AUGAUCCGCCUGGGGCAACUCUGCAACGACUUGGUGAUGCGUGCCCAGCUAAUUUACAGCAACAGAUUGUGUUCACGGAAAGUUUUGGAUUGGAAUUGUGAAGUCGGGCUAUGGUGCUUAUUAUCGUUAUUGGAGCUGGUUCCAGCCAGAUAUGGAAAGCAUUGUUUGGUGCCAGAGGUUUUGCGUUUGCUCAUGCUUGGAGAAGCACAUCCAGUGGGCCCAUCCAACAAUGUGGAGUCGAAAACUGCUGGCAGGUCAGUUCCUAUGGCCGGGUGUGCAACAGCAGAGGAGAAGUAUCAUAUGGAUGCUUACAGCCAUCAGGCUACCACACCGUCAAGAUAUCAGGCAAUUUCUUUUUGGUCCAUCGGUUGGUGGCAUUGGCUUUUCUCGGUCCUCCACCUGAUGACUUGA